AUGUCUUCUGUCAUUUAUACUCCACUCGUCCUCUUUGUCUAUAUCUUGGCCUUUGUAACAGGAGUGCCUUCCAACCUCUUGGCGUGUCACACCUUCUUGGUCAAGGUUCGCCAGAAGCCAUCUCCAUGUGGACUGUUCCUACUCAACCUCACCAUCUCUGACUUGCUUCUUCUUUUCAUCCUUCCUUUUAAGAUAGUAGAAGCUGCUUCUGGAAUGACUUGGCCUAUGCCACUUUUUUUUUGCCCCAUUGUGGUUUGUGUAUAUUUUUGCAGCAUAUAUAUCAGUACACUCUUCCUAACAGCCGUCAGUAUUGAGAGGUAUCUCGGAGUUGCUUACCCACUGAAGUACAAAGUCAGCAGGAAAACUGUGCACGCGGCCUGGAUCAGUGUGUUCAUCUGGGGGUUCAGUGCCCUACAUGGCAGUGUCUCCUUCAUUGUCAUCACCGUCUUGCCCAGUAAUAACAGUCAAUCAGGUCAAUGCUAUCAAAAUUUUUCUGUAGAGCAAGCAAAUCUUUUAUUGCCUUUCAGGCUAGAAGGAAGCAUUGUAUUGUUCUGUUUUCCAUUUGUGAUAACCAUCUUCUGCUAUUUCAAGUUCAUUAGAUUGCUCUUGUCCAUGCCCAAGAUAGGAAGGAAGAGGAAGUCCCGAGCAAUAUGUUUAGCGUUGACCACACUUUUCAAUUUCACCCUAUGUUUCGCACCAUACAAUAUUUCCCAUAUUGUUGGGUUCAUUCAAAACAAGAGUCCAGGUUGGAGAGUUUACGCUCUACUCUUGAGUACACUCAACGCAAGUAUCGAUCCAAUAAUAUUCUAUUACUCCUCUACUGCUGUACAGAGGACAUUUCUAAAAUUUCUAAGAGGUAUGAAGACUAAACUGGGUAUGCAAGAUGAUAAGGAAGGUGAAGUGGAACUCAGCCAGUUAAGUGGGACUCGGACAACAUACAACAAUGAAGCGUCAUCCAUCUAG